AUGCCACCGGCCUCCGUGGUUCAACAAUCGAACCCGGAACAUUUGUCAAACAAUAAAUUUUUAGUGAAUUUGGCCGUCACAUUCAAUGUGACAAGUAUCCCUUUGGCCAUUUUCAUCCUGAUCCUCGUUUUGAUCGCCUGUGUUCUAUUCUUGGUUGUCUGUAUCCUCAUCGCCCGGAGUUGUCUGAGACGCAAAUUUGUGACAAAACGAAAACGCAAGGCCAUAAAAAGUAUAUAUCUUGAUGAAAUACCAGGUGCCAUGCCGGGUAGUGAUGUGGGCCAGUAUGGUCAACUGGAGUACUCACUGGAAUACAACCUGGAUCGUCAGAAACUACACGUUGGAGUAAUUCAGGCGAACAAUUUGGUACCUCGACCAGGUGUUGAUGAGCCGGACCCGUAUGUGGCUCUUACUGUCAUAAAGCAGAUUGUUCUGUUCGAUCCACAAAAAACAGCGAUCCGCAAAAAGAGUCGCAGUCCGUGCUGGCAACAAAUGUUUGACUUUGAUAUCAAAGAACCGGAGCUUCGAUCAAUCACUCUAGUAUUUGAUGUGUUUGAUUACGACAGUAUCGGUCAGGACAGCUGCAUUGGUCAGUUCCGUCUAUCCUUGGUUGAACAUAGUGACUGGCUUACACCCGGUGAGAUGACCGUGGAUGGGAUGGGAGAACUAUGCAUCGGAUUAUGCUAUUACACUCAGUACAACCGAAUAGAUAUUAUCGUGUAUGAGGCUCGUCAAUUGGUUUUGGAUUCAAACCGGUCUCUGGGAGCAAAUGAAACCAAGACACGGCAUGAGAUUGUUAACCCGUAUUUCAAUGAGAAAAUGUCCUUCCCGACUAAAGCGUAUCCGGUGGAUGAGUUGAGUGCGAUUUGUCGACUCAAACGUAAAGGUCGUUUGGGAACGAAACAUACAUUGGGUACGGUGACCUUGGGCGGACAGAACGAUAUUAGCACCGGACGGAAACAAUGGGAUGAAAUGAUCAAAUCACCCGGAAAAACGCAUGUCAUGUGGCAUACUCUAAUUCGAAAUCCCAAAGAACAUUCAAAGUGA